AUGUCUUCGUCCGAUACCAGUCCCUCUAACUGGAUCACUGGUAGUUACAUGGGUAGCAGCCCAAUAGUACUCAUCACAAUCGCGACAUUUGUGGGGGUCGCGUGGUACAACGUGAUUGAGCUGAUUGUGCUUAUUUUCCUUACCUUCAAACGCUACGAUGGGCCCUAUUUUUGGAGUUUAUUAAUUGCAUCCAUCGGCAUCCUCCCAUACUCGGUCGGAUACUUGAUCAAGUUUUUCGCCCUAACAUCGACUCCAUGGCUUCCAGUAACCCUGCUAACCGUGGGCUGGUGGGCUAUGGUAACGGGCCAGUCCUUCGUGUUGUAUUCUCGACUACACCUAGUUAUUGAGAACAUGCGCGUCUUGCACAUGGUCAAAUACAUGAUCGUCACAAACGUCUUCAUUCUCCAUAUCCCGACCACCGCCCUGACUUAUGUCGCUAAUGUUUCAAAUUCCUCCGCGUCGGUCGCCGGCUACGAUAUCAUGGAGAAGAUUCAGCUCGCCGGCUUUUGCGUUCAAGAGGUCAUCAUCUCUGUUCUAUACAUGUGGGAAACGAAUCGAAUGCUGCAGCUAAAUCCCGACCGCGGCAGUCGACAGCUCAUCUUGCAGCUGCUUGCAGUUAACAUGUCUUGUGUCAUGAUGGAUAUCGCGUUGAUGGUCAUCGAGUUUAUGAACUUUUAUAUCUAUCAAACUACCCUGAAAGCUACUCUUUACAGUGUGAAGCUGAAGCUGGAGAUCGCCGUUUUGGGAAAACUUGUCUAUAUUGCACACCAACAUGUAUGGCGCUCGCCAUUGAAUGUGCAUAUGGCCGGCGGACGAUACCCCUCAUUUGUCGACCCCGCGCAAAUUGCCGCCGAUCAUCAUCGUUCAGAGUCCUCUUGCGCGACUGAUGCAUCCAAAGGACGUGCUAAUGGUCUUGAAACUAUAGACAACGAUGGAUGA